UGACGAUCGUACAGCACGCCGGUGACAGCAUGAGCAAUCGUUCCGUUCGCAUUCCGUUGCUAGUUAAGAUGUAGUGCAUUUGAGGAGGAUAGCAACAGUUUGGAUAUAGUCGGCCAAUACAAGCCGGAGAUUUUCUGCUAGAAGAAAAAAAAGCGGCGGUCAAGUGGACGUUAAGACCGCGACGACACCAAACGAAGCGAGUCGCGCGAGUCUCAGAAAGAAGACGAAACAACACGGAACACAGAAAACACAACAGAAGGACAAACCAAAUACAGCCUUAGAAGACCUACUAAUGUAACGCUUCCCACGAGAGGAGUUAAUGUGCGGAGUUGAGCAAGGGUGUGAACGAGUUAUAUUACGGAACGCACUGAAACCCAUCUGACUAUACAUCGAAGAAUCUCCUGCGUGGAAUCAGAAUAGGCGGCAUCUGAAUUAUUAUAGUACUGAGGCCUAACCAGGUGUGGAGGCGUGGGACUAUCGAACAAAUCAAUACCAAAACUGAGCAGAAAUCUCCACGAUUGUUUAUCAUAGUUACUCAUUUUUGUUUGUUUGUUGUGUUUUGCAACGAUUAGAAUUGUCCAUUAGAGAACGUUAGAAGAAUAGGAGAUAGUGUCGUUAGUAAACUGCUCUGUCACGUUCACCAUCAUUCACCAUCAACGUAACGUCACCAACAAAAACUUACCAACAGUACCAGCGUAGUUGGGCACUACCGUCACCAUAGCACGUAGUUGGCAAAUUUUGCAAAAGAAAACCGCGGACAAGCUUGACUCCGUAAAGAAAGCAGUCCAUUACCAACAGUAAGGCGUGAAGAGCGCGAAAUCGAUCGAGAUAUCAUUCCAACUGGAAUCGUAAAUUUGUAGUACCGGCGAAGAGUUAGCCAACGAUCAACAUCAGUUACACACACAACGCCGAGUGAAUUUCUCCAAUCGAACAGUGUUCACUGAACCGGCGCGACAGAUUUUCCUAGAGCGGGCGCAACAACGCGGCAGAUCGUUGGAAUUUGAUGUAAUAGCACGGACAACUAUCUAUAGCAGAUAAUGGCAAACAAACCGGCGUUUGUGGGCGUGCCCAAGCGUGCUUCCUGCAACCGCUGUAGUAAUCCCAUCUUUCUGGCAGAACGCAUCAGCUUCGGCGAAAAGAGCUACCAUCGGUCGUGUCUGAAGUGUGCCCGGUGCGGAACACAGCUGACGGUGGGCAGCUUUUACGAAACGGAAGUGGACGGUGAAUAUUGCUGUGAAACCUGCCCGGACGAAGAGAUACAGCUGGAGAAACAGCGGCGCGAAUCAUCGCCCUCGUCCGAGGGUAGCGACGGCCGGCCGGCAAUUAUCGCCGGCACACAACCGGUGACAACCGUACCGACGCUGCCGAAGACCGUACGCAGCAGCAAACUGCUUGAUCGGAUUUCAUUUUUCGAAUCGGCGCCGCUGAGCGAUGAGGAGAAAACGUCCAAUUUGGAACGCAAGACAAGGAUGAGCAAUUUCCUGAAGGAAACGCUCAAAGAUGUGGAGCAGGUACAGGAUGAGCCACCCGAUUUGCCAGCCACCGGACCACCGGUUUCGUUGACAAGCGAGUUAGAUGGAAAAGAGAUGCGCGAUUCGGCCGAUUCGGAUGAUGUGGAGGAUGAGUUCGAGAAGUUGGUAGAAGGGCUGGAUGAAGAAGAUUUAGACAGUGAAACUAACAGCGCUGGUGUGGACAGUAUGCCUGAACAUGGUGGGGAAAAGCUUGGCUUGCCAACUGAACUGCCAGUUCUUGUGCAAAAAACCGAGCAGAAUGAUGCCGUACUUCCCAAUGAUGUUGAAGCAACGGAGGUAAAGGUAGAAAAGCCUUUGGCAAUGAAGUCAUCGAUGGAAAAAGUGGAUUCUUUUAACGAUGUUGAAGAAACUGAAGCUCAACCCGUACCACAAGAAUUGGAAGCGGUGAAGCAAUCAAGCGACUCAGACGAAACUCCGAUCGAGGUCAGCAAUGCUGUCAAGGAAUUAAAUGUCGUUGAGCAGAAGGUACCGGAAACUGUUGAAUCCAGUGAUGUGAAGUCCGAAGAUCGGCACGAUGUUAUCGAUGACAAGCAAGCUGAACUCAAGUCACCACCACCAUCAAACGAGAUCUCAAAGGAUGAUGCUACUGUGGAGGAAAUUUCUAUCGAGGACGUUAAAGUGAUCGUCGACUCUGUGACACCUGAGUCAUCCGUUACGGUAUCGGAACCUCCUACACAAGGAUCAGAUGUGCCUGAAGAAAACGAAUGUACUGAAUUGAAACUACCUUCCUCCGAAGUCACGGAACCGGAGGAAAGUACCAGGGAUACAUGUACGGUGCCUAGUGAAGUUGUGGAAAAACCGAUUGAUGAUACAAAAGUGCCUGUCAGCGAAGAAAGCAAAAUACCAUCCGAGAGUCCUGAGGUAGCAAGCAAAGGUGUAGAGCACGUGCCGGCUGAAACGAAGCCGGAUGAAGAACAGUAUCCUUCUGAUUUGAAUCCAUUUGGAGACGAUGAGGAUGGCGAGGGUGAUGAAAAAAUAGUGGAGUUACGGAAAGUUCCGGCCGGUGGCAAGCCUGUACCGACUAUGCGGCGCGUAAGCACAAAUCCGUUCGGUAGCGACGAUGAGGAGGACGAUGGUCAGCAGCAGUCGCCCUCAUCGAAACCACCGAGACCACCACCGCCGAAGGUGAAGUCGGUCGUUGCAGCACCAUCGUCCCGACCCGUCCCGGCGAAUCCGUUCGAUGAAGACGAUGACGAUGGACCGACGGACGAACCGGAAAUUGUGUCAGUAGCGAAACCUUCGCCCCGUCGAACACCGGUACCGACGCCUAGAAAAGCGCAUGCCUACAACGAUUCCAUCAGCUCGUUGGACAACUCCCUAAUGUCGAGCAGCCGGUUGAGCAGUUCGAAUGUGUCGCUAGCGUCCAGCAUGGAGAGUGGACCCUCUUCGAUGAUCGUUCCGACGCGACGCAAGAAAGGAAAGGCUCCGGAAGUGCCCACGGCAGCGGUAGGAGCAUCGACGCCAACCGUUUCCCAGCAACAGCAAGCGACACCGGCCAGCGUUGACAAAACAUCGAUAGAAAACCUGUCUAUUGGUAGUGGAAGUGGUACGCUCACAACACCACGCAAGAAACGGCUUGCUCCAGCACCGCCACCAGUCCCGAGCAGCACUUCCACUCCGAAGCAAUCAUCACUGCAGCCGGAGAGCAGCAGCCUAACGAGAGCGCCAAGCCAACGGUUACUUUCUGUCGAUGCGAGCCUCCUGAGCAACAGCGAUCGUGAACCGUUCGAAACGAUGAGCCGCGGUAAUAGUAACGAAUCCGUCGUCUAUCGCAGAACCAUCGUCCCGCUCGUGUUGGAUGACGAUGGGCCAGACUCGCCGGUACACGAUGGCAGUAUCAGUGGGCGACAGUGGGAAAAAAUGAAAGACAACAAGGAGGCACAGAACCGGAACCGCCAAUCGCAGAGUUCACCCACUAGCGAGGGGCAUAAUAGUUUCAGCAGCCCUGGCGCGGGUUUCUCCAUUCUGGCGAACAAAUCGUCCCAGGGCAAAUGGAAACGACGCAAGGGUCCGGCACCAGCUCUGCCCAUAAUUGCUGCCCCGCUACCGGAACGGAAGCCUAUCAAGAUGUUGCCACUGAAGGAAAUCCACCAGGAGCUGCAGAUUAUCGAAACACAGCAGCAGGGCCUCGAGAAGCAGGGUAUUGUGCUGGAAAAGAUGAUACGGGAACGGUGCGAAGGGUUUGAGGCGGACAUCGAUCUCGACAUAAGGUUGCAGGCGAACUCGAAGGAGGUUGAAGAUUUGAUCAUGCAACUGUUCGAGCUGGUGAAUGAAAAGAAUGAAUUGUUUCGACGGCAAGCGGAGCUAAUGUACUUACGUCGCAUGCAUAGGCUGGAGCAAGAGCAAGCAGAUUUGGAGUACGAAAUCCGACUGCUGAUGGCACAACCGGAACGGAACAAAACGGACUCGGAUAAGGAAAAGGAGGAAGCACUAAUCGCUCGAUUGGUCGAGAUUGUCCAGCAGCGAAAUGAGGUUGUCGAGCGGCUGGAGAUGGAUCGUAUACGCGAGGCGGAAGAAGAUUUGUCAAUUAAACAAAGCAUCGAGGAACGGGCGGCAAGCCAACAGUCGAAGCAUGGAAGUAGCAAGAAAGAUUCAUCCCAGGCCAGCUCCACGACGCUUCCACUGACCGACGCCGAAAAGCGUGAUUCUUCCACAAAGCUCUCGAAAAAGGAGAAAAAGAAACUUAAGGAAGCCAAGAAGCUGGUAAAAUCGAAAAAGAUUGACUCAGAAAAGGAUGCGGACGAAACGGAAAGCAGUGCGGUGAAGGAGAAGAAAAAGAAGCGAAAGUUUCUUUUCUAAACGCCUUACACUAGAUGCUGGUGGACGGGGAGUGCACACGUGUAGCUGCUAGACGUACGCCUGUCAAAGGCUUAAUGCCAUAUGCUACCCCGUUAAAGUCGCGGCCCGUUCGAGAUGGCGGUUUGCAUACACAUUCCUCCGGUGCCGAUACGAGGUACAGUUCCGUCCAACCGUUGACGCUACGUUACAGCUAUUUCAGUCCUGCUGCUCAUUCAGUCCGCACCAGGCGUCUGUCCAUCAGCGACACUGUGAGUGGUUAGUUAGAGGUGCACAGGUACGAACGUUAGAUUCAAAACACAGUUAAAAUUGUUCCAAAACCAGAAGCGGAUGUUCGAUCGGGUUACACGUUAUCUACCACACGUUUGCUUGCUACAUGACCUGUAGAUAUUUCAAUCAUCGCAUUUAAUAUACCGUCGAUCGGAUCGUAGCCACUGGUCCGGCGCUUUGAGUCGGGGCCCCAUUUUUGUCCAUUUCAUUUGCGCACAUCUAGGUUUUAAAAACGCAACACAUUUGCUGAUAAUAUUACUCAAAUCUUACGUUCUACAUUUACACAAAAGAUACACAAGUAUAAUCCGAAGAGUGUCCUUGCUUGUGCAAGUUAUGUGCAUAGUGAUAGAUGGUACGAACUAUAUUUGCCCUAAUAGUGUUAAGAAAUAAAAUAUUGAUUGAGCUUACUCUGUUGGAGCUACAGAUACAGA